AUGUCAUCCAACUACAACCAGAAAAUUAAAAUGAUGGUUGAAGUUCCCUUCAUUAUUUUGAUCAAUACGUCCAUAAUGAUCUGCUUGGAGGUUAUGAGAAAUAAUAUGAGAAUUGAAACGGUUAUUAGUGGGUUAAUCAGAAUCGAAUCAUCCAAAAUCCGGUCCGAACCUAAAUUGUCUAGAACUAGUUCUGAAUUGAUUCGAACAGCACGUCACAGGAUUAGCUAUAAUCAAGGAACAAUUAACGAUGCUUGCGUUGAACCCGACUUACAAAUAGAAGAACUAGAAACUGGAUCUGAAGUAGGAGGGAAGCCUGAAUAUUAUUUCAAUGCUAAAAAUACAUGUGAUAAAACAUGUAGUUUUUCAAAUGUAAUAUUAGGUUGCCCUGGAUUUCAAACCACAGAACCAGUUGAUCCUUCCAUCUUAAAAAUAGAUGGAGAUAAUUGUGUCCUUAACAAUGGAGGACCUAUUGUUGGGGGUGGCCAAGUUGAAUUCAAAUAUGCUUGGGAUAAGAUUUAUGGCUUCCAAUUAAAGAGUGCUAAUAUUGCUUGUUCUUAA